AUGUACACAGUUGCCAGGAUUGCAUUGACAGCGGGACUGCCAGGGAAGAGGAUUGCAAACAGCCUCGCCAUCAUACUGGCUAAGACCGGCGACAAGCGCGAGGCUGGUCCUGCGCGCAGGAGAGACGAAAUUGAGUACCAUCGCUGUCGCGAAAUUCUGACUGCAGCAAUGAGCAAUUGGGCACGGACGAACGACGAACUCGAGGAUAAUCUCACGAUAGACAACUAUCGGACGGAUUGUUUGUGA